GUCAUUGUCACGGUAAACGCAAGGAAAAGAAAGGAAAGAAAAGCAUCAGAAGUGAUCCAGCUCGACGGUGACAGUAUAUUGAAUUUGUGUACUGAUGGAGCGACGAAUAAAGUUGAAGACACUUAAUAAGCACAUUACGUGUGAAAUAUGCAGCGGAUACUUCAUCGAUGCUACGACUGUCACGGAGUGUCUUCAUACGUUUUGCAAAAGUUGUCUAGUGAAGCAUUUAGAGGAAAAUAACACAUGUCCAACUUGCGAAAAUGUCAUCCAUCAGUCUCAUCCGUUGCAGUACAUCAGCUUCGAUCGGACGAUGCAGGAUAUAGUGUACAAAUUAGUGCCGAAUCUGAUGGAAAAUGAGAUGCAGCGAGAACGUGAGUUCUACAAAUCUCGCAAUCUACCCUGCCCGAAGGACAUGCCCCAGAUGCAGCAGGACAGCGACGACAGAGCGAAUGAGCUGGCUCAUCAGGAGGCCGACUACCAUCGGUUGGACGAACAGGUCAAUCUGUGUUUGGAAUGCAUCAGCAGUAACUUCCGGCACCUGAAGCGGCGUAUCAUUCGCUGCAGCUCGCAGGCAACCAUCACUCACCUCAAGAAGUUUAUCGCCAAAAAGGUGCUGAAUGGCAUCGAGCGAUACAAGGACAUCGACAUGCUGUGCAAUGACGAACUGUUGGGCAAAGAUCACACCUUGAAGUUCGUGUACGUCACCAGGUGGCGCUUCAAAGAUCCUCCUCUGCGGUUGCAAUAUCGUCCUCGAGUUGAUAUCUGAUCGGAUAUUUUAGAUUUUUUAUUAGUUUUAUUAUGCUGCUAUUAUACACUUUUGGAAAAUUGGCUUCCAAACCUACUGACAGAAGAAAAGUGAACAUGUAGCUAAUUUGCAAAGAUGGAUGUAAAAUCCUUUAAUGUUUUCAAAUGAUGACCUUUGUUUUUUUAUUAGAAUAGAUAUAAAACUAUGAGCUGAAGGUUUUAUAGCCGAAAAGUAUAUUGUCACGAUUUAGGUGCGCAGUAGAGAUGAGAUUACUGAUGAAAGCGAAAUAAAUAAUUUAAAGUAA